AUGCCUUCGUCGCCAUCGUCUAAUAAAGUCUUGAUAGUGAAAAACGACAUUAACACCAAGUCUCCUCGUCGCAAAAGUCGACUCAAGUUCGACUUCCCCAUCGAAACACUUAUAGCGCUCUCAAAGUUUCGUCAAGAUGAAGCGGCCAGGAUACUUGGUGUUGCAUCGAUCACGCUUAAGCGCAAUUGCCAACGAAAGAAGUAUCGGUGGCCAUAUCGUACCAUUAAGGCCCAACACCGUCGUGAAGCUCGCCUCACCGCCCAAAAGCAGCACGUCGACAAAACAGUUGUCGAAUUAUCUUUGCCGCCUCCGGAGCUACUACUUUCACUCAAGAAUGCGUCUCUCUUCAGUAGAUCCCCAUCUUCGGUCAGCGGUCUGGUACCUUCGGUCAGUUCGAAACCAAAGGCGCGUCCUCAACCACCACUUACGUACGCGACCGUGACGUCCGAGAUACCCCCGCAACUACCACCGUUGAGAUUGCUCCUACAGAAUCUUAGAAUGCAGUCAUUGCACGCAACCCUGCCCCGCCUAAGUAUCGCUUAA